CCGCCUCCGCCUCGGCGAAUAGCAGCGCGCUGCCCGCCCGGAUUGGAGCAUUAGCAUCACGCUGACCUCCGCCUGGGCUGUAAGCCGAGCCGGCCGCUGCGGGCAAGAGGCAGGCUCUCGGCGCCCCCGGGAAAGGCAGCCCCACGGCCGAGCUCCGGGCGGCUCGCAGGGACCCGGGCAGCGCCCUGCGGCGGCUGCGGGCAGCGGGGGAGCCCGACGCGGGCGCGGGCGGGGAACGUGCGUCCGCCGGCAGCAGCGGGAGGAGGGGCGGCGCCAGCCAUGGCCGGGGACAGCGAGCAGACCCUGCAGAACCACCAGCAGCCCAACGGCGGCGAGCCCUUCCUGAUCGGCGUCAGCGGGGGCACGGCCAGCGGCAAGUCUUCCGUCUGUGCUAAGAUUGUGCAGCUCCUGGGACAGAAUGAGGUGGACUGUCGCCAGAAGCAGGUGGUCAUCCUGAGCCAGGACAGCUUCUACCGCGUCCUUACGUCGGAGCAGAAGGCCAAAGCCCUGAAGGGCCAGUUCAAUUUUGAUCACCCGGAUGCCUUUGACAAUGAACUCAUCUUCAAAACACUCAAAGAAAUCACCGAAGGGAAGACGGUGCAGAUUCCCGUGUAUGACUUUGUCUCCCAUUCCCGGAAGGAGGAGACGGUUACUGUCUACCCCGCGGAUGUGGUGCUCUUUGAAGGGAUCCUGGCCUUCUACUCCCAGGAGGUGCGAGACCUUUUCCAGAUGAAGCUUUUCGUGGACACAGAUGCGGACACCCGGCUCUCCCGCAGAGUAUUAAGGGACAUCAGCGAAAGAGGGAGGGACCUUGAGCAGAUUUUAUCUCAGUACAUUACGUUCGUCAAGCCUGCCUUUGAGGAAUUCUGCUUGCCAACAAAGAAAUAUGCUGAUGUGAUCAUUCCUAGAGGUGCAGAUAAUCUAGUGGCCAUCAACCUCAUUGUGCAGCACAUUCAGGACAUCCUGAACGGAGGGCUCUCCAAACGGCAGACCAAUGGCUAUCUCAACGGCUACAUCCCUUCACGCAAGAGGCAGUCGUCUGAGUCCAGCAGCCGGCCCCAUUGACCCCUGUCUCCUUCAGGCCUGGCCCCUAUCUUCAGGAGACAGGAGGAGGGAUCAGGAGGCACUGUUCAUCCGUACAUGUGCUUUCCUAGGACACUGCUGUAUUUAAGAACACACCAUGGAGAUGACAUGCCUUUGUUUUUCCUUUUUUUGUUUUGUUUUUUGUGCUUUGGAGUGGCGAAAUGAAACCGAAUUUGACCCUGAGCUUAAAUGACAAACUGUGCCAACUACUACUGGUGAUGCCUAAUUAUGAAUCCAACGUGUAACCAGUUAUAAAUACACAUAUAUAUAUAUAAAAGGAUCUAUUUUUGUGUAAAUGUACAAAUACUGUAAAGCUGUUUGCUGUCACUUGAGUGUUCGGGACUCGAGAGCUGGAGUCUCACCGAGGGGCCACGGCCGCUGUUUCCGGGGCGGUGGGGGGUUGGGGGGCAGGAGAAGGGAGGCUCCCGGCUCAUGAUUCUCGGGCCCGUGUGGCUCGAGGACGAUGGAGUUGGGAGCCUUAGAUUGCCCCUGCCCUGCCAGAUGCCACAUACUUGGAGCUGGAGCUUAAUGAUGUGUCGACAAGAGAUACUCUUUUCUUUCUUUCUUUUUUUUUUGAGUUGAAAUUAGGCAAGACCUCAGCUCAAAAAUCAAACUCAGGGAAGACGCCCACUGAGGAGAACAAGUCUUCUGUGUUUUCUUCUUGCCCAAUGCCCCACCUCUGGCUGCCCGGGUAGCUCAGCCACUCCUUCCUGACCCACCUGUUUCUCAGUCUCAGUCUCUCCAAAAGCCAAAGCUGCCCCUCUCUCCUUCCCUGACAGGGAUUUGACAGGCUCUCUUCUGGUAAGAUGGGGAAGGAGAGAGUAGAACGGUACCUGGUGUGGGGUCUGAGGAAACGCUGGCUCCCUGUGCCUCCCAGGGAAGUCUGCGAUCAGACUCCUUGGGCCUUUUCCCAGAGGGUAGCAUGCACGGUGGCCUCUGGAGUCUGGGCUUUGGUUGAGGACUUCUGCUGGCAGAAGGACAGCUGACAGCCCUUUGCAGGGUGGCAUGGGGAGUGAGUGGUCGUUUCUGCUCACUGAGACGCAGGGCCUGGCGACGGGGCGAGGACAGCAUACACCUUUCAGCAGGAAUGCUCUCUAGCAGCAUGCCAGCCAAGCGGAUGGCCAUGGUUACCGGGGAGAGACUCCCACCUCUCCUGAGGGCUCCCUCUUUGAGAGGAGUACAGAUCCCUGAAGAUUCUUGGUGGAGGGGUGGAGGAAGUGGGGGGAUCAAGUGAGACCCAGGAGGGAUGAUGCUUGGGUCCUAAAGCCUCCACUGUUAACUGCAGACGAGCCAGAGCCUUCCAUUUCUCUCUUGAUGGUCUCAGUGCUUGGCAGGCCAUGCCCGCAGCCUUUCCACCGCCUGAAACGUUUUGGGGGAACUUCUGUCCCCCGCCCCCCACCCUGGCUUUCCUAGCCUGCUGGAGCCAUUCGGGUACAUCUGACACGCACCGUGUCUCUCUAGUCACACCGAAUUGUCCCUCAGACUCACCGCCAUCCAGUUUUGAUUCCCCCUUUCUGGACUCAAUGUGACUCUCACUCUGGCCAUUUCAAGAAGUCAGACCUCCUCCCCGGCAGAGCUUUGCCACCCCUGAGACAUUGCAGAGACAGCUGCAGGCCCUGGGGGGGGGCUCGCUGGGGUUGGGGCAAGGGAAGGCUCCUGAGGUGCCUAUGUCUGAGGCCGGUACUCACCGGGAUGAAUACGUUCUGGAGUGCUUCAGAAUCAAUAUUGUCUUUCUGUCACGCCUUGCACGGUUCUGAGAUGAAGGGUGGGUGGCAGGCCUGGGUUAGGAUCCUGGGGACUCAAGGCCUCUGGCCUUGAUGGGGCCUCUCUGUGCUCAGGGGCAGCCCACCCCUGUCUCAGGGAGCCUUGGCCUUUCGGUGGGUAGCACAUUCAACACUACUUGAAGCUCCCAGGUGCCAAACCAUUUAGUGCCUUGGCUGUCUGUCCCACUGCCUUGGAAAAUGGAGUCUUCUCGUCUCUGAGCCUUGACGUCCUUAGCUACUUCCUCAUCUACCUGUGGUGUUGGGACCAAGCCUCCAGUGUCUGAGUAGCCCAGUCCUAGCUGGGAAACGGCUCUAGGCUGCCUUGCCUCCUGGUAAACACCGUCACCAAUUCUUGGUGGCUUGGCUUGGGGCACUGGACCGAGCUCACUGGGCAACACUGACAACUCCCUUGGUUCUGUGACACACUGUGUGGGGCAAGGAAGGGAUGAGAAGUUCCGCCCCUGCGUGGCCCCCUCAGCAUUUAGCCAACUAUCUGAACUUGAGCUUUCUAUACGACAAAUCUGGACUUGGUAUUUUGAGAGUCAUUAGAUCUCUGAUUCUACUGGAGAGUCAGCAGUAGGAUAACUAGGCCAGAAACCAUGACCCGAGUCCUCUGGGUCCUCUCUGUGGUCCAGGGGGGUAGGUACCAACAAGCAGGGUGGGGUAAUGUUGAUCAUGUGUGCACGGGAGUCCUGGGUCUUCAGAGCUGCCCAAUGGUGCUUGCUUCCCCCCGCCCCCCCACCAGGUAUUACCCAUACACCAAGUGUUUAAGGAACAAGCAUCCAAGCUUUGUGUCAUGGGAAGACCUCACACUCCUUCAUGCUAAUGGAACUUGUGCUGACCCAGGUUUUUUUCUUGGGCACCUGAGGCCAGUAGGGGCAGAGAGAUUGGAUUCUGUAGGAGGAGCUCACAAGUGUUUAGAACUUCGGAGUAGAUAGGGUAGGGCCUCGAAGAGGCAGUGGUUAGACAAGGGGAUCCCUGAAGAACAGACCAGGGGAGGGUGGUAGGGGAAGGACUCCAGUUCAUCCUUCAGAGCCCAUCAUUCCUCCAAGAACCUGCUCUGUUCUUGGCUGCCCAGUGGUCAUGUGGAUGCCGCCGUCCUGCCUGUCCUUGGAUCGGCACUGGACACUUGUCUCCGUGCCCAGGGCAGACUGCCAGUCUCUCAUGAGACCACUAGGUCAGGCUGAAGGCUCGCGUGCUCCUCAAAGCGGUUGGGAAGCAGGAGGGCCUGGAGCCGUCGGUUUGUGUAUCACCCCUUUCACUGUCCUUGUUCAGCGCCCUUGAUCUAGCAGCCUUGACCUGAGCUAGCACCUAAGGCCAGCGGAGGGAAGUAGUAGUCUCUGGCAGGGCGGUAUUUUCUUCUGCUCUGGAGUCUCGCACCUGCCUGUCAAUGAUUCCAGCACCAAGGACCCGUGGUUGGUUAGUUAGGCUAGGGCAGGUCCUGGAUUGCAGGGCUCUGCUUCUGGGGAGGACCCACUGGGCUUCCCUAACUGCCUUUUACCCUGUCUCAGGGUGGGGUGGGGGGACAGGCUUGGUGUCAGGUACAACGAGGCAGAGACAGGUUGGGAAAAGCACUGGGGUCAGUCUGGAGCUCAGAGUCCCCUUUGAUCUUUUGUCUCUGGGCCCUGUGCUGCCCUCCUCAGGCCAGGUGGCUGGUGUUCAGAUCAGCUUCCUUGCUGCUCUUAGAGGUGGUGACUGCCUCAGGAACAGGGUGAGUAGCUAAAUAAAGACGUAGGCUUUUUUCUUUGUUUCAGAUGCUUGCUCUUCCUCCUUUCUACCACCCUGCCUUUAUUGUUAGUAGUUACAAAAAUGACCACAUACUAUGUACUUUGCUGUAAAUAAAGACUGGACAAAAAAAGA